UUUUGGCGCCGAAUAUUCUAAGUUAUUUUGCCUCUGAGCUGUAGCAGCGCGGGAGUUGCUGUUUCUGUGUUUGUGAAUCUGGGAACAGAGCUGUAGUUUAACCGUUCAUCUCGAUUUAGUAGCAGUUUGAGGGACGAGUUUGAAGACAACAUGCAGCGGAGCAUCGCAUCCUUCUUUCAGCCCAAGAGCAAAGACAAGGACAUCCAGAAGAAAAGCACAGAUGAACCCGUGAAAAAGCCUGUUAAGAGCCCUCUUAAGGUGCAGAACGGCGCUCGCGAAGUAGAUUCACCCGUCAAGAAGGUCGCCAAACGCCGGCGUCAGAUCGUGGACAGCGACGAUGACGAAGUGCCAGUUGUUAAGGAUGUCGCUGCCAAAGGACAAGGAGAUAAAGAAGCCUCUGGAAAAACAGAAAAGGUAAAAGGG